UUCGCAUUUUUUAAAGGCGCAUUCGGAUGAUCGAUAUACAUAUGUUCAUUGGCAAAUACCGAAAUUUUUCGGUAUACGAAAUGUCGAUAAUAUAAUAUAAUACGAACAAUGAGUUUACAAAGAAUUUGGCAGCUUUAUUCAAGCUCGAUUUGCGUACACAUGAAUAUUGAUAAGGAAAUAAAUAGAAGCAUCCGUGCAACAACAGGUGCAACAGGUAAUCGACUGAAUUUUGUCAGUUUAACGUUGGUAUCCAUUUUUCAGUUAACCAAACUCCAAAUUUUCCAGUCGUUUCAAAAUUAUCUAGUUCCAUAUCCAUAUGCAUAAAUGGCCAGCCACUCCAUAUAAUAAUUAGUUAUCGUUAAUGAACCAAUGUCGUAUGCUUAUUACAGCGAACUAUGGCUUAUCGCGAGAAACGAUUUGGAGAAACUCCUGGAGCUCGAUCAAAGGUUACGACAGCAAAGAAGGACGGAAAGAAAAGAACAGGGUUUAAAUUUACUGGUUCCAACGUAUCUCAGGUAUCGUAACCUGGUGAAGAGACUGAUAGUUUGUCACGACCAAAUGGUACAAUCGCAGAAACGAGAUCUGAUAAAACGUGUCCUGGAUUGUUCCAUCGGUCGAAUGCUCGAAUACAAGCGGGAAAUUGUUAAAUUAAAUUAUUCGGAUUACCUAUGGCCCGAUGAUUCGAUGAAACAGCUGAAAUACACUACCGAUGAUCUGGAUCUGUCGGUUUCAGCGACUGGCAAAGACGUUCUUUGCCACCGUAGGAAAUACAUCGAAGAAUUGAUAGAGGAUGCUCUGAAGGUAAAAGAAGAGGCCGAGAGCUUAAAGGCGAUCGUCAGUGAAAUCGAAAGCAUCGCCGAAUCCGAAGAAAGUAUGCCGAGAUUGCGAAGAAGAAAAAUUCGAGAGAAAAGCACGGAAUCUAAAUCGGCAUCGGUCCUUCGAGUACCUUCGGAGACGAUGAGGGCUCGAGAAGCUGAAAUCGCCGAGGAAAAUACUAGGCGAGAUGCGAUACUACUUUUACAGUCUCACGAAAGGGCAAGGAGGGGUCGGUGCGCCGGGAUCGAAGCGCAACGAAUCUACAACUACAACAAGAAAAUACAAGCGGGACAAAUAGUACCGAAGAAGAUGAGCAGAGUUACGUUUGUAACCGCUGCUAGAACGAUACAGCGAGCAUGGAGAAGCUAUCUGGCGAAGAAAAAAAUGAAAAAACGAAGGGAUCGUAUCGAAGAGCUGCUGGACAUGACGAUACCUAGCUGGAAAUCCCGAGAAAUUUUGGCGAAGGACGAGGAGAAUUUUCAAAAGAGAUUAGAAUCGAUGCCACUGUCCGUUGUUCGAGUAUCGAAAAUGACAGACGACACACGAGCUAGACUGUGGAAGAUCAGAGGACCAGGUUUAAUGGAGGACAUCACCGACGAGAUUCGAGAAUGGUUCAUCAUUUGGUACGACAGAGUUGGACAUUACGACGCGUAUCCAGCCGCGCGCUUAGGGGGUAGCGUUCUAAUAGUCACCGGGCAAACUUUAACACCCGAAGAGUAUCUGGUGCAGAGGCAUAAAGCGGCAGCAGCAGGCAAAGCGGCUAAAGACUCUGGCACGAAAAAGAAAAAAAAGUUCUUACCGUGGAUAGCCGAAACGAAAGCGGCCACGUUACUCGAUGAUACUAAUCAGGAUUUCGUUAAGAACUGGAGCUUUCGCGAUCGCUCGAACUCGGAUCCUCGGGAGAAGGUAUACGAGGAUCUGAUCAAGGAUCAACUUUGCUACGAAUUGCAAUUGGAGAUGCGGAGAAUAGUCGAUGAACUGAUGAGACUGGAACUGGAGAAAUUGAAUACAGCGUUGACAAGGGAUUACAAAGCCGAUAAAAGAGAGCUCAACAUACCUAAAGAUAAAAGUAAGACUUCUAAAGGAAGAAGAAAAAAGAAAGGCGCAUUGGACGACGUCCCUGUGCAAGAUAUUUUUAACGAAUUAGUGAAAGCUAAUAUAAUCAGAAACUACCCCGUAACAUCACUGAAGGAUUGGAUAGGGGAUCUUUCCUACCAAAAUUACGAAGCAGAUCGAGAAUUUCGCGAUUACAAUUAUCGAAUGGGUGAAGUCAAACAGAUAGUUAUGGAUUAUUGUAUAAUUCCUCUGAGCUCGAAGGAAGUCCAUCAAAUCGCACCCCUGAUACGAGCCGUUUGUAUUUGUGGCCUUCCACGACAUGGCAAGAGUUUUCUGGUGAAUGCAGUCUGUUCCGAGGUUGGAGCACUGUUAUUCGAUAUGACACCAAACGUAUUGGUAGGCAAAUAUGUAGGACGCAAAAACGAACGAAAAUUGAUGAACAUGAUCUCGAAAGUCGCCAGAGAAUAUGCUCCUUCGAUAAUUUUCAUCGACAACGGUGAAAAGCCUUGGUUGAAGAAGGUACCCCCCGAAGAGAGACAGUAUCAGCCAAAACGAUUCGCGCGACACUACACCAAACUAGUGAAAAGUAUCAAACGCGGUGAUCAGAUCCUAUUUCUCACGACCUCCUCGGAGCCAUAUAAAGCAACAAGACCCUUUGUCAGGAUCCACGACAAGUUCAUAAUGAUUCCUCUCACGGACUACAACACGCUUUACAUGUUUUACAAAGAUCUGCUGAUGAAGUACCACGGAAUCGAUCGCAAUAUCGAUGUCUCUUGUCUGGCGAAGAUGUCCGUGAGCAUUCCAUUGGAGUUCAUAAGAAACGCGGUGGAGAAUGUCCUAAACCUUCGACGUAGGAUCACCUUGAAAUUCAAACCGUUGAACCAGCAAGAGAUUAUGGAGGAAGUGUUCAAGUACGAGUCUCCUCCAGCAAAGACGUUGAAACAGUUAAGGAAUUUCGAAAAUCGAACUCCGCUUGGAAGAAUGAGGAUGAAGAUGUUGGCGAAAGAGAAAGAGGAACGCGAGCGCCUCGCGAAACAGAAAAAAGCUCGUAAAUGAUGGAGAUUGGUAAAAUGACAAACAUAUUUGUCUUAUAUCGAUAUUCGUCGAAGAUUGCGUUUACUUUCCUCGAAAUUAUUGUUCAUGAACGGUUCGAGAGAAAACGUCUCUCAAAGCAGAUUGCGGAAACAUUUUCCAUCCUGCGAGCCACCCUUCGCUGGAACGAAGAGAAUGGAAACGACAGGAACUUGCUAGGUAAAACGUGGGAUGUAGCUGCAUCGAGAGACAAGGCUGCGGUGUUUUUAACGAGUCCUUGCCUCGCGAUCAGGAAACUCGUCGAUCGUUCAACAUGCCGAGAAAAUCGGAAACUUGAAAUAAAUUGACAGGAAAACGAAGGACCACGAACGUAUUUGGUGCGCGAUGCCUGUUCAAAGACAGUGACCUUUCCGGGAGAAACGUCUUUGGUAGAACCACGAUCAUCGAUUGAGCGAUUCCUUCUUUCUUUCUUUCUUUCUUUCGUAUCGCGAUUCGCCAACGUCCGUGUCCGGACGUGAAACUGGUUUUCGUCUUCGUGAGACGCUAAAAACGAUCAUCGAAAAACAGAAGACAGAUAUAGCGAGGAAUAUCAUUGGAAGAAAAAAUUGCUUAUAUUAAGUCCAACGAUCACUGAUUAAACAGACCAAUAUCGAGACACGAGUGAACAACACUCGCGGUAAAUGUAUCGAUAAACGCGUUCACGCAUCGAAACCUAAGAAACGUAUUUUAAUUUUUAAUCCUAUACUGUUCGCAACGAUUCCAAAAUUUCUGUUAAUAAAUAAUCGAUGAGACGAGCGGUUAAGGCAUUACGUGAAACAUCGAAAACUAGUAGAACGCAAGUUCGGAACGUUCCCGCCGUAGUAAAGUACAAAUUAUUUGGCGUCGUACGAUCCUGAAAGUUGGUUCCGGGCACGAGGCGACAAAGGUUUAAUCCUGCUAUGCAAAGUGUAAGUGUAAAGGGUACGCAUGCACGACACAUACCUACAA